GUGCUGCAUUAGGCGAUGCGGUGGGUCUCGCCACAGAAUUUUUAAGUAAAAAAAUUGCUAAAAAAAUAUAUGGCGUUGGUCCUAUAUCUUUUGGUAGUGAUAAAGGUUACAAAUUUUAUGCUGAUAGACAUAGAGAAAGAUGGUAUGUGGGUGAAUGGACUGAUGAUACUGAUUUUGCAAAGCGCUUAAGCAAAUGGGAUAAAGAGGGCUACCCAGAACUUGAAAAUAAGCCACCAAUUGGAAUUGGUAAAACCGUUGGUUCCGUGUUGAAUCAUUCAAAGUUCAAGAGGUUGCCCCAUAGUGCUGCUUGGGAUGUAUGGGUUCAAUUUAAUUGUAAUAUGGCCGCGAAUGGUGCUUUAAUGCGUACAGCAAUAUUGGGUAUUCCGUUCUUUUGGGAUGAAAAACAAGUGAUAAAACAAACCUUACAAGCCACUAAAGCUACUCACGCUGACCCAAGAUGUUGUGUUUCUAGUGUGAUUGUUACGAUUUUAAUUUCAAGAUUAAUUCAAGGAAAUAUACAGGACACCCUUCCAGACUUAGAUGAUUCGACAAAGCAAGAUAUAUUGUCGUGGAUGCAAUCAGGAAAUCUUAAUAAUAAGAUUGAGGAUAAUAUUGAUAAUGAUGAUCUUAAACUGAAUGGCGAAUCGUCAAAAAGAACAAGCUUUGUCAAGCAAGUAGCCAAUAAAGCAGGAAACUUUUUUUCUGAUAAAGAAGAUCGAAAUACAUUAUGGCUUGAACGACAGAAAAAAAUCCGUGCUAGUUUAAAUAGCUCAAAACAAGAUAAUCAAGAAAUUCCAAAAAUUCCAGAUCCUUUACCUCCUGGCAUGGACACGUUUGGUGCUGACCCUGAAAUAUUGGCAUUAACAAAAUCUGUAGUUGAUAGGUAUAAAUUCAUGACAAACGGCAUCAAUGCCACGUCACUUAGUAAAACAGGACCUACGAAAGGUUCCAAGUUCAGUAAAUUUCAGACAGAUAUGAGUGAAACAGCUCUUUUAGAACAUUGUUUUCCCGAUACUUUGGCUGCAUUAAGGUUGGAUGAAUCUCCAAACAUCGGAUAUGUUUACAAGUGUCUUGGUGCUGGGUUAUAUUGCUUUACGAGAAAUUUGAACCAGCAAAGUAGUGAAGGUGAUGCUUUUAAGAAGAUUAUUACGGAACUGAUUCUGGAAGCUGGAGAUGCUGAUACAAAUGGUACAGUAGCCGGAGCUCUAUUAGGCACCAGAAUUGGAUAUAAUAAGCUACCUAAAGAAUGGGUUGAAGGUUUGAAAUUUAAAGAUUGGUUAGAAAAGAGAGUUGAUAGUCUUUGGGCUAUUUUAUCUAGUAAAGAA